GAGAGAGAGAGGGAGGGAGGAAAAGAGAGAGAGAGAGAGAGUGGACAGGCGUGUAGGGCCUGCGCAAGCAUCAUGAACUCCCACUGGUUGGUUUUCCCUAACCUGAGGACACGUGAUUUCGCGCCGGAACCUAAACCGAGUUCACGGUCGUGGCCACUGCGCGCGAAGACCAAUUUCUAGCAGCAUCAGUGCUUGGGUUGGUAAGGAUUUUUGCCGUGGAGCCGUGCCAGAUGCGCGUGCAUUUCUAAACCAAGGGCCCCAGCACAAACGCAAGAGUAUUACCUUGCCCUGCGCAUUCGGGUUCGCUGCGCGGGCGACGCUCUUCCCCCCUUGCUAUGUUGAUGCACCAUUGCUUUCUGAACAUGAUGCCAGCGCGUUGACCCUAAAGCGUGAUUAUGGGCAACCUCUGGGGAGUCAUCGGAAGACCUACGAAGCCAAGAGGGGAAGUGCGACACACGGAGCGAAGUCCUGUAGCGUCCACGUAAGAGUUUCUGCAGUGCGCGCGCAGACUGGGGAAACAGCUCAGGCAGCCAUCUCGUUGCUUGCCUCGGCGUGGCGGCGGCUGUUGCCCCAAGACGUUGUCGGCUGCACCGCGGCCAUCAGCGCGUGCGAGAAGGCCACGGCGGGAGGGCCGGUACUGCAGGUUCGAGGCUUGGUCUUGGGGACCCCCUUCCUUCCCCCCCCCACCAUACCCCGCGCGGUGCAGAGCUGCAAAGCGGAGGCUCCAGCGAGGAGCCGGAGGGGCCCAAUUGUUAGGGACCAGGGCCAGGGGCCGUCCAUUACCACCCCGAAGUUGGGCUCUUGAGCUCGCCGACCUUCAUGGACGUUCCAUCGGCGCCGAUGGGAGGGAGGCCUCCCUCUCUCCCAGGUCGGCUUGGCUCCCCUUGAGCACCCCUUGAAGCGAAGGUCUAAAGGGCCUCCCCUUCCCCGUGCGCGGCCUGUGCCCGCGCAAGGAUCGUCGGGCCAGUUUUCGAGAUUCUCGGUUGGCCUCGGAGGGUCCCCAGGGGGCUUCGGAGGACCUCGGCUGAGCUCGAGAGACACCGCCCGCAUUCCCCCAUGUCCUCCCUCUCUCCUGAUCCGCCACUCACUGGCGCCCGCCCCUCCCCCCUCGCCCCUCCCCCCCUCGCUUUUCCCCCCCCUCCCUGGCACAGAAGCGCCAGCUGCCCAGACAUGGCACGAAGCGACCCUCGUGGAUCGGCUCCCCCAGCGGUCGUCGCUAGAGAUCGGCGGGUGCUGCGAUCAGGAUUGCGGGGUUCAGGGGCGAGAGUGGCCGAACGCCAGACAAGGCUAGGGUGCAACUCCAAUCUCUUGCAGCGCUCGGGCAGAAGGAGCAUAUAGCCAGAAGAAGGGGGCUUGGGGGGAACCUGGGGGCUGGGCUCCAGCCUUUCGAGCGCCCAGGGUUUUGGCCACGCGGCCCCGCCUGGGAAGGGUCCCAGUGCACCCAGGGUUCCUUCGGAUUGAGGCGAGGCCCAUCAGAAGGUUCUCAACAGCGAAGGUCCACGGCUUCGGUGUCACGAGAGAGUCACGACGGGCGGCGCCUUGGAGUCCUGGAGUCUGGAGAGAGCUCCAGACCAAGGUCGCCUUGGAUUGUUCUCCAUGUGCCGAUGGUUUUGUGUCGAAGGUGCGUCUCGACGAAGUCCGCAACUUUCUAGCGUCGUUAUCACGCCUUUGUGCAAGGCGUCCCAGGGACAAUCUCACCACGGCGGGGUUCGACUCGAAGCGGUGGCAGUUGGGAUGGGAAUGCAUUUGGAGGCACGCAGGGCAGAGCGUCGCCAGAGGGCGUGAUGGACGAAUCUAGUGCCUGAGGCGCACUGGGGCAACUGUGGCGCUCCUCGCUCUCCUCGGAGGGACUCCUAUCGCCGCUGGCCGACCAAGCUCAGCGGUGCGUCCAAGAAGAAGCGGCAAAGUGAAGAUGGAGCAGGACUGAGGCGUUCUUCGGGGAUCAUGUUGUGUAUAUCAUCGUGAGUGCGGCAACAUUCGCAUGGUGCUGCGGAUACCUCAGCAGUAACAGCAGGGCGCCAUGCUGGGACGCAAACUUUUGCACCGACCGGUAAGAGUAGGGAUGGGGGCAUGGCAAAACAGGGCCUGAAGGCUGUUCAUUGGCAACUCGCUCUGCAGCGCCUCUUGGAUAUGCAACGGUGCUCAGUCCGCGCCAACGUUGUCACCAUUGGUGCAGUUAUCAGCGCUUGUCAGAAAGGUCAAUCGCCGGCUACGGCUCUGGAGCUCCUCUCCUCCGCGCCGCGCGUCGCCGGCCAGAUCAGCAGGCAGGCGUUCGGCGCCGCCGUGGCAGCCUGCGAGACGGGCGCUUUCUGGGCGCUCGCCCUGGACCUGCUCGUCGGCGCGACCAACGAUAGGACGCGCCCCGACGGGGUGUCCUUGGUGGCCGCGCUCGGCGCGUGUGCCCGAAGGCACAGCCGCCGCGCGGCCGGGCACCUGGUCUGCCGCAUGGAGCUCUGGGCCCGGCGGUGGUCUGCUGGGGCGACGCCAGCCCGCGCGGGCGAGGCCGCGGCCGUGGCCGGCGCGCUGGUGUGGAAGGAGGAGAGGCAGCAGUCCAGGAACGCCACUCUGCAGUCCUCCUUUUGCCUUCUCAGGGAGCGCGAGCUGCAGCACGGCGACCGCGGUGACAGGUGGGAGCGCCGUGGCCCGUCCAAUAUGUACCAGAUGUCCUUCAGGAUCAAGCGUCUGCAGUCGGAAGCUGGCUACACGCUGUCAGGGGCGUGGCACGCUUAUUGCCGUCACCUGGACUGCGCCAAGGACCACCGACGGCCUGCCGACUCGCCAGCGGACCCCUAUCGCAGGAAUCCCGAUGACGCCAACAAAUUCCUGGCAGACCUCGCCGACGCGCGUCACGACGUCACGCUGUGGGCAGAGUGGCAAGGGACACCGGUGGACUGGGAUGCCGCGCAGCGGGCAGCAGAGUACAGGGCCUGGUCGGGCAUUGUGCCCCCCUGGCGACCUGGUAUUUACUUCGAGUUGUACAGGCUUUUUGCCCCCCUGGUCCUGAUCGCCGUGCCCUCGCUCCUCUGGCCGCAACUCUCGCGCUGCACGGCGAUGCCCAGCGCUGGACUCCAGGUGAUGCCUUUCGGCAAGGUCGUCGGCUUCUACCUGGGCCACAGCCCUGGCUGGCUUGUAGGACCAGCCUUCGACGCCCUCAUCGGGCGCAGGCCUACCUCAGGACCGGGCUUCGACGCCCUCUUCGGGUGGGGCGCGCCCGCGAAUCAGCCGGAGGCGCUGGCUGCGGCGUGGGCAGAGCCCGACAGGCUUGCCACCGCCGUGAGCCCCGCCGGCCAGUGCGCCGCCGGCAACGCCCCAGGGGGCGGCUUCCUCGGCGUCGCGGCGGCCGACCAGCUGCGCAAUUGUAUUGGGCAUUGCUCCGCAGCGAGCGCGGCACCGCUGGAAGCGCGCCGCGGCCCAGCGACGCGGGGUGGCGCCAUAAAGAUCAAGGCGAGACCGCCCUGCCUGAAGCUGGAGAAGAUCACGUGUUAUCACAGCGCUACGGGUAAAGGUGGGAAGCGCGAUAGCCAUGCCAUGAGCAAGCCGGAGAGCGACAGCGAAGGGGCUUCCAGCCGGGCGUCGGACACGCGCGCGAAACCGUCGGCGGCGUCCAUCGUCCAGGUGGCCACCUACCAUUUUUUGCGCCUCCAUGACGAGAUGCUCGUGGCCGUUGUGGAGCGCAUGAUGGGGCCCAGGGGCUUGCUCCACUCACUCGGCCUAGACGAUAGCAUGCAUGUCAGUAUCACAGGCGAGGUGUGCUUGCCGAUGACGCUGUGCGCUCUGUUGGUGCCCUGCGCUGUGGUCGGAGCAUUCGUGGUGCCGUUCUAUAUUAUCUAUCUAGCCCUGUGGGCCUCGUGGCGUGCGCUCUACUUGGGACAGCGGUUUUGCGAGCACGAGCGGGUCGUGCGGUGGAGGACCGUGCAUUCUGUGUGGGGCAUCGGGUACGAGAAAGUAUGCACUGCUGUCUUCACUGGGAUGGUGAUCAUAUUCGCAAUUAGCACGCUCGGCCUAGGCCACUGGGAGAUUGUUCAGGCUGACGCGUCGCCCGCCGACCCCCUCUUUGGGAGGAGCGCGUCCGUCCUCAAGAAGCUGAUUGCCGUGGCGCUGUUUACGCAGUGCUGCCUUUGGAGCCUCUUCGGCCUGGAUCCGGGUUCUGGUAGCUACUACAGGGACGACGACGAGGCCGGCGAUCCAGAGCUCGAGGAGGUGGAGCAUUUCGACGGCAUCGAAGUGGAGCCCAGCCGCGGGUACAGCGACUACGACGGGUACACGUCCUUGUACUACGACGACGUCGAGCCGAUGGCGUGGAAGAAGUGGAAUCGAGUCUAUCUUCUCACUGAUGUGGCUGGGCGACGCGGCAUGACGGCGCUCGUGAUCGACCCAGUCGAAGGAGAGCCGGGGACCUACACGAUCGUGGAUCCGACAGGGCGUGUGCAGACCAAGGACUUGAGGGACAAGCAGAAGGUCUUCACGAGGCCCCGCGCGGGGAUCGACUGGGCUCCGUUCCCCGGCGUCACGGGGGACGAGAAGAAGGAGCUGGAGGAUGAGAGCCUCCGCAUUCGACGUCGACGUGGAGCAGGCUGGGGAGACUGGGCCCUCGGGCGCAAGAAGGCGGCCGCCAAACUGAAGCCCAAGGCGGCGGCCAAGACCGGCAAGGGGCGCAAGAGCAAUCGCUCGAACAUGGUGUACUGGAUUGCCGAGAACGCUUUCACCACGGGAGUGGCCGUCUGGACGCAUCGCACCUUCGGGGUCGUGGGCUUGGGAUGCCUUGUGGCCUACAAGGCCUGGUCGGCCCUGGGGAUCGGCGACCUGGUCAGCUCCAGCAUCGAGCGAGUCAGGGAGGUUGGCGAUUUGUUCGACGACAUGGACGAGCGGUACCAGAGCAUCCGCACCAAGUACGACGACGGCGACUACGAUCUGGCGAUCAUCGCGCUGGGGCUUCUCUUCAUUCUCCUCUUGGUGUUCUGGCCCACAGUGAGGAGUCGUCGGGCUCGCGGUCGCAAGUGGUCGAGGAUUGGAGAUGAGACCGACUCCGAUUCUUCUUCGCCUGAUGAGGGCACGGCCGCUUCGGACUCUGACGAGGACUCGUUGCGGGGCGGCCCCGACGGGGCCCUCGCCGUGCUGCUCAGCUCGCAGGCGAGCCUUCAGUCCCAGAUGGACGACCUCAAGAAGCUGAUCAAGUCCGGUGCGUCCUCUUCGGGCCCGACGUCUUCGACCAUGGCGGCUGCGGGUUCUGCUUCGAGCGCACCGGCUCCGCCAGGCGGGUCGCCUGCGGACGAAGCGGACGUGAAGACUGGGAUCGACUCGCUCCUUCAUCGGCUCCGAGAGCGUGAAGGCGCUGUGGAGCGAGAUGCGGGUGAGGAGAGACCUGAAGCCGCCGCUGGCCUCGGCGCCACCUCUGCGGCUCGGGGUUCCCCCAAGGAGUCGAUACAGAAGUACCUCACGGAGCUCGAGCGUGAGUCGGACAACCCGCGCUUGAGCAUGUUGGAGCAGCUCAAGAAGUUCCAGAUCACCGAUUGGAAGAUCGGGCCCUCCGAGGCUCGCAUCGCUCCCAAGGUGCUGUCGCGCCUCUACAGGCACAACACCACCGCGACCUUCCAGGUUAAGGAGUACAUCAAGUCGAAGGAGAUGAGCACCUCGCACGUGGCGGGAGAGCUCCGCCUCCUCGCGGCCAUCCUCGACCGCAUGGUGGCGACGAAGUUCGAGAUGAUCAACUCCGAGGCGGUGGAGGUCAUCUGCAGGCGGAUCUACGGCCUCUUCCGCGCUUGGGAGCAGGUCUCCAAGAUGAGCGAUUGGAAGCAACCCAAGGGCGAGGGCGGCAAGAAGUGGCCCAGUGCCUUGGCAUUGCACGUGCUGGAGCUCACGACGGUCAGCUUCAUCAUCGGUGGCGUUGGCCUGGAGCCGUUCUUUGUGUGCCUGCCCGCCUUCGUCAUGGCGCGCGCUCGUGCUCGCGAUCCUUUGGGCGGAGUGCCGAGGUCUGGCAUCGACGAGUUGGAGAGGCUCCUCGAAGGCUUGGGAGAGUGCCACGGCUACCCAGAGGGCUGUGACUUCGAGGGCGUGGAGUCUGUGGUGGGGUCGGCGGGCCUGGGGGCGGCUCCCCGAUGGCAAGGCGACCUUUGCCCGCUCGUGGUCGAGAACGUGGCGGUCCCACCGGGCGACACCGAGCCCGUGGACUUGUGCGCUGCUUCCCCGACGGCCAGGCCUUACUUGUCCUGCCCGCUGGAAACCAUGAUCAAGAACGACCUCGAGGACGUCGUGGACCAGGUCGAGUUCGAGGGGGGCUCGGCGCGAGUGCAGACCGCGUCGGCCGCGCCGCAGUUCCCGGACUUCGGGAUGCUCCAUUGGCUGUUCAUCGACGACUACGGAGGCAUGAGGCUGGAGCGCAAGGGUCUGGCCGAAACCGACCUGGAGGUGUCCGGGGACUUGGAUCGGAUCAAGAAGAAGCUGGGGGAGCACGGGCUCGACUCGCACAAGGAGCGCUUCGGGCACGGCCUCGAGCGCACUCUGGGCGUCACCCUCUCCGAGCACGGCCAUCUGCACAUCGUGGAGGAGAAGAUGAAGGAUUUGGUACUGAUCGGCGAGUUCUUGCUCACGGCGGAGGUUGCGCCCCCCCGAGGGGUCGAGUCAUGGCUGGGCCUCGCGACGUGGGCCAUGAUGUGUGCGAGGUCUGCCCUAAGCAUUCCGCACGCGAUCUACGCCUGGGUGCUCCAGUUCCGCGACGCCACCGACGCGCCUCUAUGGGGCGAGGUGAAGGACGAGAUCUCCGCCAUCGUGUCCCUCUCCAUCUUCUUCUUCACGGACCUCACGGCGGGGUGGCACGACUGGGCUUUCAUGUCAGACGCUUCGUCGUGGGGCUACGGCGUAGUCGCUUCCAAGGCCAACCUGCACGAGCUCCGGGCCGAGGCGAGGCUGAGCGAGAUGAGGGGCUGGGCGACCAGCAUCGAGGACGAGUACAGCCGCGUGGAGGAGGAGGCCUUCGCGCAGCAGGGGCUCGACGCCGAGGCCGACGAGCACCAGCAAUGCAGGGAGUCACGGCCCACUGUGAAGCGAGACCUCGCCCCUGGGGAAGUUGAUUACGGCUCUGCGGCGCGCAUUGGACGAUCAAGAAAGAAGGGCUUCAGGACGGAGGAAGCUCCGAGGUUGCUGAUCCACAAGGUUGAUGACAAUACCAACUGGAUCUACGUCAACUGGGUCAGUCGCUUCCUUCGAGCUGCUCAGAAAGACGCCAUACCUUUGGACACGAUCAAGCAGCGUGACGCAGCCAUGGCCCAGUACUUGUCCUUCAUGUGCUACACCCUCCAGCUGCCUCACGUUCACGGUGGCCACCUCCUUUCGGGCUUUGCUCACAUCUUUCCUGAGCACAAGGACGCCAUGCCGCUCAGCGCCAGGGCUCUCAAGUCGUGGGAGGCGCUCCGUAUGAUGCCAGAGGGAAAGGCCAUCUGCAGGGAGAUCGUGGCGCUGAUGAUCCUCAAGCUCAUCGACUUCGGUUACAUCAUGUCUGCCAUCGCAGUUUUGUACUCGUACGACAUCUUCGGCAGGGAGCAGGACUGGUAUCUUCUCCGCGGGUCCGAUGUUAUCUCCGAUGGGGACCAGGUGGCCGUGCGACUCGGCAGCCGGGAGCGCGGCGAGAUGGUCAAGACGGGCGCCAACCAGGGCCUCCUCAUCGCGUCGCCGUACACCGCGGCCAUCGUGGAGACGCUGGCCAGGAGCGUCCCCGGCGACGGCCUCGUCUUCGCGCUCACGACCUCCGAGUACCGGAGGCACUGGGGCAAGGCCGCCCUGAGCCUAGGAGCCAUUGAAUAUUGGCAAGGCAUUGAAGGCAAAGGCCCGAAGCGCACCAUAAACCCACGAGUCACUCGAGACGAUACAGAUCGAUACGAGGUCAUUAAUUGCCCUGAUCGUCGUAACUUCGAGUGCCGCAGCGACUGGGAACGUGAACAACAAGCCGUGGGAAAUAUGUUGCGAGACAGGCCGCCAUUGCGCGUCGCGCAGCACAGGGCAGAGCUCAUGAAGGUCAUGGAGAGGUUCGGCACGGAUCCGACUCUGCCGCGCGAUGCGCAAAUGACCAAAGUGUCAAUAUGGUUCUCUACAGCCCUACGCCAUAGUCCGUAUUGGAAGGAUGGAUUCAGCCGACACUUCGAAAAGAUUCGCACUUUCGAUCCAUACGAUGGCUGGGUUGUUGUUGACGAUCUGCUGACAAACUGGACUGAAAAUGAUCAGUGGAAAGGCUAUCGUGAAAUGCACGAGGUGCUGAUCAAGGGCAGGCCCCACACGUCAUACGUGUAUUGGGUACUGCUAAACUGCUGUGAGAUGAUUGACAAUCACGGCAUGCAGAAGGGCAGGCUCCAGAUGAAGUGCGUUGAUGACAGCAUGCUGCUGCCUCCCAGACCUCACUAA